CCGUAUUUGCUCAGAUCUAGAGUAAUCAAAAUGUCGGAGGAAAACAUUGUUGUUAAUCUACAAAAAUCAGCCGUGGACGAGAGGGUUGAUAAGUUGGAAGCCACAAUGCAAACUCUGGCUGCUACUCUUCAGACCAUCAGUCUCACUUUGUCCACUUUGACUACCGGUAGUCGUGCUAAAGAUCCCAUGGUCACACAAUUGCAAUUUCCACCCAUUUAUGAGAAUCAGCCUUUAGUGGGGGAGUCAUCUUCACAUGCUCCACAAAUAUCAUCUCUACCCUUUGAAACCUCACACCCACCACUUGAGAUGAACAACCCAACCUUGCCCACAACCAUACCACCUUUGAUGGGACAAGUGCCAACUAUUCAAACCAACCCCUUGGUUGAGAUAUUGAGGCCUACUUUGGAGGAUGGGAGGUCAAGAGAAGUUGAUCACAAGCUACAACAGUUAGAAGAGGCUUUGAAGGCUAUGCAAGGGCCUCAAGCUUAUGGCUCCAUUGACUUGGAUGAUCUUUGCUACUAUCUUGGAAUUCAGACAAAUUUCAACUUCAAGCAGCCGGAUUUUGACAAGUAUGAUGGCUCAGGUUGUCCUUACGCUCACCUACAGAUGUAUGCCAGAAAGAUGGCACCUUAUGCUAAUGAUGAAAGGGUGCUCAUUCAUUAUUUUCAAGACAAUCUCUCAGGCCCAGCAAGUGUUUGGUUUUUAACACUUGACAAAAAGAAGAUUCGCACUUUCAGGGAUGUUUCUCAAGCUUUUAUGAAGCCAUAUGAGUAUAAUAUGAGUUUGGCCCCAACAAGGGAUAGCUUGCAAAGAAUCACCAAGAAAGGUAAUGAGACUUUCAAAGAAUUUGCUCAACGGUGGAGAUCUGAAGCAGCCAAAGUCAUUCCACCUCUUACCGACAGUGAAAUCUGCUCUCUUUUUAUCAAGUCAACUACCGGAACCUUUCGUGCAUGGCUGGCUCCUUGUGUCGGAUAUACUUUUGCUCAGUUGGUGAUAGCGGGUGAACAGAUUGAGGAGGGACUAAAGGCAGGUAUUAUUAUGGACUUUCAAACUAUCCAGAGGCAGUUAGAGCAAGUUAAGAUGGGAAGCUCGGGAUCUACUUCGAAGAGGCCUACCACUUAUCCUCAAAGGAGGCCAAACUUCAAUGCUCAUGCUCCAGUUAGACAACAAUUCCCUUCAACAAAUAGGUCUAGACAGUUUACCAAGCUUCCAAUCCCUUAUAGUGAGGUGCUAAAACAAUUAGUGGCAGUGGGUUUGAUACGGACAGUACAAGCAAACCCUGUGCAACCACCUUACCCUUACGGGAAAACUGAUGAAAUUAAGAGUGCUCCAAGCAUCACUCAGAAUCCUUUACCUCCACAUGGUGCACCCACCAUGAAUAUGGUUGCCUUUGAUGAAGUUGAUGGACCCGUGUUGAAGAAUGUUAGUGCUUGGUCUCUUGAUGAGUUGUUUGCCAUUUUGGUGGAGUAUGAUCUAAUUCAACCGAUCGCACCAAUGAGCUUGGAUGUUUUGCCGGUAAUGCUUGAUGAAGUUGUGAUGUGUCCUUAUCACUCUAAUAUGAAGGGGCAUGCUUUGCAAGAUUGCGAGGAUUUUCAAAGAAAGGUUGAGGAGUUGCAGGCAAUGGGAUCUUUGAAAUUCAUGUCUACUCCAGAGUCAGAGAAAUUCAUAGCACCAGUGACUGAGGAAUACUUCACCAAAGAGAGGCCAUAUACUCUGCAGAGUAUUAAAAAAGCACAAAUCAUCAGGCAAAAUUCUCAACAACCUUAUGUCUUGAAAACCUCUCUUAGCGAGCCAUCCGUGGGAGAAACAUCAUCUGUGGUCAACAGCCAUAUUCCUUAUUCAUUUAUGGCCACGCCUCAACAUGUUACCAUUAUGGAUCCUACAACUAAUGAUGUGUCCAAUAUGACCCGUAGUGGUCGGUGCUAUGUGAGUCCCGAAGUGGAAGAAUCGAGAAAGGCUGCCUUGAAGUCAAAAGGCAUCAGAAUUGAAGAGAUACUAGAAGAAUCACCCAAGAAGCUAGUGCCAGAAAAUGAAGUUGCAGAAUUUUUGAAUAUUUUGAGGAAGAGUGAGUAUAGCAUCAUUGAACAGCUCAGCAAUACUCCUGCAAAAAUUUCUAUUUUAGAAUUGAUGCUGUCAUUUGAGGUCCAUCUUGAUGCAUUGCUCAAAGUCUUGAAGGAGGCCCAUGUGCCUAAGAACAUUGAUACUCAAAAGUUGGGGACUGUGGUUGGGGCAAUUUUAGCUCCAAAUUACAUUAAUUUCACAGAUGAUGAGAUCCCUGAUGAAGGAAAUGGGCAUACCAAGGCUCUUCAUAUUUCAGUCCAAUUGGAUGAGUCUCACAUUAAUCAGUGCAAUACAGUGAUUCGUGCUUUUGACGGAACAAAGAGGAAUGUGAUUGGAAAGAUUGAGCUUCCAGUGGAAAUUGGUCCUAUGACUUUUGAGGUGGAUUUCUUUGUCAUGGAUAUUUCCCCCACUUUCAAUAUGCUUCUUGGGAGGCCUUGGAUACAUGUUGCCGGAGCAGCUACAACUAUUCCUUACUUGGGAGUUGAUCCGGGAACUUAUGAAUCUUCUUAUCACUCAAUGGAGUGUGCUGCUGCUUCUUAUAUUCACCCGAGGUUCAAAGGGAAAAGGGUUGAAAUGGCUAAACCUACCAAAGUUGCUGCUAAGAUCAUGCUUGCAUGUCACUACCAGUUGGGAGAGGGUUUGGGAUUGAAUGGACAAGGAAUUCUCGAGCCUAUUGAGGUAAUUCAAGCUUGGGCCACUUUUGGUUUGGGAUACAAGCCAAAGAAGGAAGAUUGGCAGAGAAUGCGUGCUAUUAAGGCAGAGAAGCGCCUUGCUAGACUUCAAGGGAGAGAUCCUAGGGAUGAACCAAUGUGGGUGCCGCACAUUAGAGUCACAUUUCCAUGACCUGUUGAGAUUUUGUGCCCUUCUUUUGAUGGAUAUAUGGUGAAGCACAUGGAUGUUUUAUAUGUAGAUCCAGAGGGUACUAUUUUCACUGAUAGAUUGCUUGAAAUUGGGGAAUGUUCAAAACAAGUAAAGUAUGAGGAAGUAGUUGUGGAAGACAUCACGAAUGAAGUUUGUUCUGAUGA